AUGAAUGUGUGGAGCUCUGAAUCAGUGCAGGGUGUGCUGAAAGCCCUGAAGCACGCCGCGGGGAAGGGACACCUCCAUCUGAGCCGCUGGCUGCAGCGGACCCCGGGCUCACUGGACUGCGACAAGAUCGACAUCUUGAUCUGUAACGUCUUUGACGAGCGAGGGAACGGGGGGAAACCGGAGGCGGACCCCGCGGGUCACACCGAGCCCGGCGCGUCCUUCACUCCCGAGUUCAGGCAUCCGUGCUGCAUCAGCACCUGUUGCUUCAAAAGCGCCCUGCUGGCGUGCGUCCUGACGGCCGUGUGCUUCUCCUCGGUGGCCCUGGUGCGCCAGUACCUGAAGGACGUGCUGCUGUGGGUGGAGAGUUUGGACAGUUUCGUGGGAGCCAUGCUGUUCAUAGUGGGCUUGAUCACGGUGUCGUUCCCCUGCGGCUGGGGCUACAUCGUGCUGAACGUGGCCGCGGGGUAUCUGUACGGGUUUGUGCUGGGCAUGGGGCUGGUGAUGGUUGGGGUUUUGAUCGGGACUUUCAUCGCUCAUGUGGUGUGUAAGCGACUGCUGACGAACUGGGUUCUGGGUAAGAUCGGCAGCAGUGAACAGCUGAGUGCUGUUAUUCGGGUGGUGGAGGGUGGAAGUGGACUCAAAAUCGUGGCCUUAGCGAGACUCACACCGAUUCCUUUCGGCCUCCAGAACGCGGUCUUCUCGAUCACAGACGUCUCCUUGCCAAAUUAUUUAGUGGCUUCUUCAGUGGGACUUCUCCCAACACAACUCCUUAACUCAUAUCUGGGCACCACCCUGCGCACAAUGGAGGACGUGAUCGCAGAACAGAGCGUCAGUGGAUACUUUGUGUUCAGUCUACAGAUCUUCAUCAGCAUAGGCCUGAUGUUUUACGUUGUACAUCGAGCACAAGUGGAACUGAACGCUGCCAUUGCAGCCUGCCAGCUGGAGCUGAAGACGUCAUACAUGAAUGGUGGAGCGGCCAACCACGGCGGCUCGACCUACUGCAGCAAACGGGCUGCCACAGGAGGGGGGAUCAACGUGGUCUGAUCAGCGUCUUUGUUGCUGAUGAACAUACUUCAAGCCUACAUCCAGUUGGGCUGACAAUGACUGGAAGGAUGGAGAUCUGUCUCGCCUGCAUCAGGGAGUCCUGGGAGCUGCUACAGUCCAAGCCAGCUGUUCUAGUUAUGAUGGAGGUCUGAUGUGGAGCGCCACCGGACUGUCAAAGAGCCUAUCAGCAGACUUUGAUGGAAAUAUUGCCCAAAGAUUGGGACCCUGGGCCAGUAUUAUAUGAGAAGCUUAUGAGAUUGGCUUGAGAUUUUUGUUUUCGUGGUACGUUUUCGUUAAAAAAAGAAAUAUGAUACUAAUAUAAAAUUCUAUAACUUUAUAAGAGGUCUAAAGCAUGAAAUUGGUAAAUUAAUUAAAGUGAAUGUUAUAGAAUUGUAGUUAGUUAUUAAAGAGGGCCCAACUAAUAUAUCAGGUUAAUAUGCUUAAGAUGUUUGC